UACUGAGCAGCAGUCUAGUGUUUUAUGCUGUGAUAAAGAGUUACAAAAGAUGAAGUCUGUCUUUAUUUAUCUGUUGUUGGUCAGUUGGUUAACUUUAGAGACAUGUCAAAAUAUGGAUGCAAAUGAUUUUGAAGGAAGUGGAAGUGGUGACUAUGUGCAUGUACCGGUGAAAAGAGUCUUGGUGCCUCCGAAUAUUACAGUGUACCAGCAGGUGGACGACAGAGAACAUGUGAUAGUGAUGUGCACACUUGAACGUUGGAUUCAUUGGUGGAGCUCUUGUGAGCUAUCUGUGAAAACUGAACAUAACUACACCCUGGAUCAAAUUAGAAGCCCAAUAGAUGAUGUGAAUUUAUUUGUGGUCACAGUGAACCCACCUGUUUCCUUUACCUGUAUGUGUAGGACUCAUUUUAAUAAAAAUAUCACAUACAGUGAGACUUACAUUUUCGAUCAAUCUGGCAACCUGAAUAUUCAAGUUCGUAAGGGCUCAGAUCAUCAUGAGGAAGGAGUAUCUUUAGUCUACAUAGGUUUUGUCUCUUUCAUCACUCUUGGCCUCAUCAUCAUGAUUGCUGCAGUGAUAUUGACCACCAUUAAGAGCAAUACUAAAGGAGCCUCGCCCAACAUCACAGUUAUCAACAAUGACUAUGAGGAUGCAUAAAUAAUCUUGUGGCUUUCUGAAGGAAGAAAAACUGAGAGAAAGGAGAAGUUAGAUUAAUAUGUUUGGCAUGGUUCAAGUUUUCUACAAGUACUUCAUUCACAACCAUUAACACGCAGAUUAAAAAGAUUACGUUGUUAAUCUCUUUUGAUAAAUGUAAAUUUGUGUACUGUAAAUGUAAUGUUACUGUUUCUGUUAGAUGAAAUGCUGAUGUUUGCAUGUGUUUACAGAUAAGAAAUUUCAUGUUAAGCAGCUUUUGAUGAAACAAAAUAAAAUACAAUUAAAAAUACAUCUGACUUUUACCAAGUUUGACCAAGCUUUUAAACCCUUCCAAAAUAAUUGUGUCAUUUAUUUAACCAGACGUUUUUAUAACUUGGAUUUACCUUGUCAAUUAAGAGAAAACACUUAACCAGCCAAUAACGCUUCCUUGAUGAGUUUUUAGGAUAAUCUAUGUUUUUGCUAUUAUGCACUAGGUGGCGCUCUUACCCAACUUAUAAAACACUGAAGCAUCCACUGAUCCAAAAACAGUAAAAACUCUGCAACCACAUAGCAGUGAGUUUUAAAAACACAAUUUUUUUUCUCUUAGUAAAUCGUGUGGUAUGUGUACGUGCUAUUGUUUAAUGGAAAAAAGCCUGUGGUUUUGUGAAUGCAGAUGAACCUUAAAUGUAGUUUCCAGACACAAAAAACCACAAACCAUGCUGCUGUUGACAGCAACACUUUAAAAGAAAGGAAAUAAAGUAACUUGAACAAAGAUUUUUAGUUGGUAUUACAAAUGUGUCAUUUUGUGUAUACUUUAGCCCUAAACAUGUUGCUAACAAAGAUUAUUUUGUUGACUGGACUUACUCAAGAUACUCAAGUGUUUGUCCACACACUUUUACGUUAAAAAAGGUUUGAAAGUUGCAUGUUAAAUGAUAUGAUUAAUAUUAAAUAUUAUUAGUGCUUUAGUGUUUGCUAACUUGUGCUGUUCUUGUUGUUAGUUAGUUGUA